UUGUAUUUUUUUGUCCAAACUUGCCCUCUCCUUUUACCCCACCCUCCAUUCCUAUGUUAAAGUGCCUAAAGGGUCCAGGAAAGGUAGGUUAUUGAAUGCAGAUGACCGGGUAUGUUUUUGUACUUAUGUAGUGUCAAAAUAUGGCAGGGACUAUGGUAACAUAUAUAUAUUUCCAUUCUUUGCCUACUGAUCUACUGACACAAGGAACCCAAAGUGGCCUGGUACUAUUUUCAGCUUCUAGUUCUGUGGAACACUUCAAGUACCUCCUAGAAGAAAUGUUCUUGAGAAUCAGGACCAUAAUCCAUCAGAUUCUAGGUUUGGAGAUAGAAAGCACAAAUUUCACAAGUGGGUUACUGGGUAUGAUAGUAAUAGGGACCACUUCUGUUUUGACCCCUUGGUCCUUGUACCUAUGUAAUUUUUCUAUUAGAGACACAAUACCAUAUAUGUUCAAUGCAUAUCUUGGUUCAAUGCACAUCAAUGUAUAUAUUGUACCUUGGAGGACAGCUCCCCAACUUUGUUAAGGUGCAGCAUCUUGUAUCAGUGAUUUAACUGUCUUCAACAUGCCAUCCCACAGUUCCAUGAGGCUAGCUGCUUUGGGAUGAUGAGUAAGCACCACGAAUUUUGUGGUUCUGAGUACACUGUCACACCUCCUUGAUCAUGCAAUGGGUUCCUUGGUUUAAGGUAUGUCCAGUGGACAAGGUAUUCAUUCCAUAAACUCUCAGAUGAUGGUGCUGUUGGAGGUAGAGCAGUCAGGGAACACAAGCCCAGCUUCAGGGCAUGUAUCAUUCUGGUACGGUAUUUUACUUCUUUUGUUAUCCAUCCAUGCCUGGUACAAUGGUGGGCAUAUGAGAAAGAUUAAUGAAGUGCUCAGUCCCUUGGGAAUAUUUGCUUAUACAUUUUAUUUACAGCAAUAUAAUUUGUGUUAAUCACAAAUUUUGUGUUAAUUUCCACUUGUAUCAUCUGAAGAGCUGUAGAAAAUUUUGCUCAGCAGCACAAUAGUAACUACUCUUUCUUACUACUUUUGGUCAGUGAUUGAUAUUUAGUGGUGGGAAGUGGAUUCUUAAAUGGGUGUCUCCUGUGCUCCUCUGACUGAAGCCAACUGCCUGAGUCAGCUAAAACUUAGACACAAAUGCACCAUUGCCUUAGUUUGCUCACCUCUGCUGCAAAAAUGCAGCAUUCUACAAAUAGGUACAACUUGUGGGGAAAUAGCAACUUAGGAAAGAACUCUAAACUUCUAGCUAUCCUACAAUACUAGAACUGUUAAUGAAAAGGAGGAAGUAAUAUGCCAGAUAUUGUCCCUGGGAUCUCAACAGGAGCAAUAGACAUCACCUGGGGGUAUAUUUUUGUUCAAGGCAAGACAAAGUUUCUAACUGGACCUGUCCAAGCAAUUGACUAAGCUGUACAUUUCCUAUCUGUGAUGCCGGCUCCACCUUGAUAGGGAUACUGUUGACUAGAUUGUGUCAUAGUAGGAAGUUGCAUUAGAUCAGUGAUACUCAAGGUGGAAAGGGAAGGAACCAUCAAGAGGCUGACGUAGUUUGAAAAAGCAUAUAAAUGUCACUCUUUUGACUUUUCUUGUAUUUAACUGUAAAUGUUGGAGCCAGAAGGUCAUAUGUCCUAAGGGCUUCUGUUCCAGCGCUCAGCCCGCCGGUCCACGAGCUCCGUGCUUUAUCUCUGUUUCUGCACAGUCCAGUUUUCCCACCAGGAACGCAGUUUUCUCUUCCCCUCCAGCUUACUCAAUGGCCCCUCCUCUCAAGAUUUUCUGUGGUCCUCAUAUCACCGUAGCUUCUUCAAUCCACACUCUAAUCAGUUGUGUUUUGUACCCCUGUGCUGUUCUUGACUUGAGGGCUCAUGGAAGUCGGACCACUAGGUCUGCCAUUCCUCCUCGCCGCCCAUGUGGGCUGCCACCACCCCGCGGGGAGUCUCGAGGAUUGGCUGGAGCUACGGAAAGGCCAGCGGGGGUAGCAGGGAGCGCGGUGAAGGCAGGACAUACGGAACUUACUCCAGCAAACCUCGGCGGCUCCCUCAGGGCUCUCAUCGGACUCCGCCUCCGGAAGUGCCACAGAGACGCGCUGGCCUCCAAGAGGUCUAGAGCGGCACUCGAAAGGCUGGGGCGGCUCGCGAGCCAGGGUGUCCGCGACGGGACGGCCGCUUGGCCCGCCCCUUGCCUCGGAACAGGAAUGGAGGAAAUACCGACCCAGGAAGCAGAAGGAUCACCAAGGGUCCAGUUUCAGUCAUUGGAGACCCAGUCUGAGAGUCUGUCCCCAGAGCCUCAGUUCGUGCAGGAUGCCGACAUGGAACAGGGAUUCACUGGGGCGCCACCUGUUCCCCAGGUGCCUGCUCUUCCCCAUGAGGGAAGCCCAGGAGACCAGGCGGCUGCACUCCUGACAGCCAGGUACCAGGAGUUUGUGACAUUCGAGGAUGUGGCUGUGCACCUUACUCGAGAGGAAUGGGGAUGCCUGGACUCUGUUCAGAGGGAUCUCUACAGAGAAGUCAUGUUAGAGAAUUAUGGGAACGUGGUCUCACUGGGCAUACUUCUCCGCCUUCCCACCACCCGGAUUCAUAGUGUGAAUUCCUGCCCGGCCCUGAGUCAUACCCAGGCAAGUGCUUUCUCUGGAGAAACACUUGCAGUCCUUUCAGCAGGAAUCUCCAAGAGAUGGCCCAAGUAUCGGCUUCCCAUCGAUAUUGCUCGUCCCCGCUCGGAAACUCCUUUUCCACGAUUGUAAGAUACUAAUUACAUUUGAUUGAUGGAACAGAUGCUCCCCAGGAUGUCACCACUGUGUAAAAUUGCAGCUCCUCAAGUGACCUUUGUUAAAUUUCUAAAAGGCCAAGGAACCCCUCUGUUGCCACCAGAUGCAUUUUGAACCCUGGGUUCUGGGUUCGUUCAGAAGCCACAGUUGGUGGUCAUUUACUUGUGUUCUGAGAAAUCACAAAGUUCAACUCCAGCUCUUCAGUUAUGAUCUUUUCAUGUUGUUUUGGAAUGUGGAAUACACUGUGCACCCCUCCUUUUCUGUUGUGAACAUAACCUGCCCGUUCUGUUACCCAACUCUCCUGCAACCCCUGGGCUUUCUUCAUAGUUAACACUCUAGUCUUCUUCCUUUAAGUCCGUGUGUUCCCCUCAAAGGUCCUGCCUUCAUCCCCUUUAUUCUUUGUGGAGCUAUACAGAUUGAUGCAUUGAUACGACCUCUUCUGAUCAAGUGUUCUUUAGCUUUUCCCUUGAUGGAGGGGAAAUGGGAGGGCAAAAGAGUUAAAUUUUCUUAUUUUCAGGUUAUCAAAUUGAAUGUAUAUUUAACAGCUUUGUAAACUCUAAGUGAUAUGUAAUUGCAAACUACUGUUAAUUAUCUAUUAAUUACAUAAUUUCCAACAGUUAACCUGUCUACUUUUUGGAGUAAAGAAACUUCUUACCAGUUUAAUCAGCCUAAUAGCACAGCAUGCUAUUAGACUGAAUUUUAUCCCAUUUCCUCUGUCAUCUCUGCACAUACACAGGACACACAUGAACAGUCCCACAUAUGAAUGCAUACAAGAAAUCCUCCUCACUUCUGUGACCAAGUCAGCAGCAUCUCCUUAGUAAUUAUUUUUUACAGUCCUUGGGAAGUCAUUUUCAUAUUCGUGAGUUCAGCAAACUCCACCUGGAAUUGAAGUUUAUACACUUAAUUAACUUAGCUUAAUGUUGUAAAAUUAGGAUUUUAUAAUUCAGUCCCUGACUUAGGGGUCCCACUUCCCAGUUCACAUCUUGUUCCCAUGGCAGUAGCUCUGAGGUAUUUGUUGGACAUUAGAACUUUGGUCCUUCAGUUAAGUGUUUUCCUAUAUAGUAAUAAAUAAGUAUGAGUAGAUUAAUGAAAGAGUAAAAAAGUAAGUGAAAAGCCAUAAAUUUCAUUAUCAGAUCUAAAAAGAAGCAUAUUCUUUUGACAGUGAGUGAAUUACUGGCUUGAUGGUCAUACCCAAGGGGAAGUUAUCUGUGACUUGGUGCUGGAGAUUAAGACUGGGAAAGAGGCCUAGACUGCAUUUCCUAUGGAACAGUUUGGCAGGUGCCCUGUUAGAUGAUAGCAUUAGAAACAUACUUAUCAAAACUCUAAUUGAUAAGUGAGGUGAUAUAUCAGGAAUCUUUGCCCCAUGCCCUUUGCUAUUUGAAGUUGAUGUGAUUAGGACAACAAUGAUUUUGUAUAGAAUGUCUUUUACUACCCAGCUAUGUACUAGUUUUUGAGAAUCCAGUGUGUUAGUAGGCACUGUAUAUAUUUCAUUUAAUUCUUAACAUAACUCUGUGAGCAGGUAGUUAUUCCACUUUAUAUUUGAGGAAAUGGAAGCUCAGAAAAGUGAUCUGCUCAGGGUCAGAACUAGGCUUGGGACUCAGGUCUGAUUCUGAAGCCCAUGCUCUUUCAGUAUUUUGUGCCUUAGAACAAUUAGUCCAGCCACAUAAUGGUGUUUUUAUAUUCUUAUGGCUCUGUACUUUGAUGACAAUUAAAAAUGGCCAUGAAAAAUUGGACAGAUAGGCAUAAGGUACAGCUUGGGAGCAAAAAGGACAUGCAUUAAGAAGUAAUAUUGUGUAGAGGUUCAUUCCAUUAUUAGAGAUAUAUAUACAAGAACAAUAUUACUAAGGAGAGAUUUUAUUUGUAUAUUUAUUGAGGACCAGGAAGAAAGGCAUGAAGCUUCCAGAUGGCUAAAAUCUUAGCAAAACUGGUACAGGCAACAAACCAAAUAAUGAGGUAAAAUUUUAAUGUUAUUUUUAAAGACCAGGUUAAAUAAAAAAUCUAAUUAGAAAACUGUCAAGGUUUACAUUUUAAAAGUCACAAAGUUAAAAAAAAUUAAUUUUAGAUAGGAAAAAUUUAAAGCAAAUGCAUAUUUUGAAAGCAUGGAGUUUUGACUUAAAUUUAGGGUAAAGGUAUUUAGGCCAAUUGCAAGAAAACCUGCCUUAAUGCUUUCUGUGACCCUUAGCGUGAUAGAUGGAAAGAGAAUAAACUGGAACCAGACUUGGAUUCCACAUAACCAGCUGUGAUGCAUUGAGCAAAUUAUUUAAAUUGACUUUCAUUUUCUUCAUCUGUAAAAUGUGAAAAAUUAUGUUUACCUUUCUGGGUUGUGCCAAGGAUUAAAUUAGGAUUAAAUUAGAUUACAUAUACACACACAUAUAUACAUAUAUGUGUAAAAUUAUAUAUAUAUUUAUAAAUCUAAUUUAAAAUAUAUAAGUAAGUAGAUUAUAUAUAUAUUUAUAUAUGUAUAAAAGUACUUGGUUCAUGGUAGUUAAGUAUUUUUUUUGAAAGGCAGCAAGUGAUAUGAGCUAUAGACCAAUUUUUUAGUACAAAUAUUUCAAAAGAGCAUUGAAAUGAUUUCUUUAUAGUGGACUUUCCAUAAAUUGAAUAUUGCUCAGAUUGUUGCCUAGGGGUUUGGAUUUUUAUUAUAAAGAGAUUUCAUUAGUUUGACACUAAAUAAUCUCAUAGAUCCCUUUUAAUUAAAACAUACAUACUCCAAACCUUUUGGAUCCUAGCUAUCCAGGUAUUGUUCUAAUCACUAUUUCAGUUCUUUUUAUUAUUCUCACCUUUUGCUCUAUUGUCUGUUGGAGCUCCAUUGUGUGUUGGUCUUCUGUUCUCUUUCUGUAUAGAUUGUGGAGGAAGGGAUGGAUUUCAUUCCUCAUCAUUACUUUUUACUAGUUGAGUAUUUAAAAGCCAGCUUCUAAAAUAAGACUGUUUGGAUUUGAGCCACAGCUUCACCAGUUAUUAUGAUCUUAGGGAAGUUACUUAACCUCUCUGAAUCUUAAAUGGGUAUUUGUAAAAUGGCUAUAGUAAGAGCUCCUACCUCAUAAAAUUGUGGUGAGUAUUGGGUGACUGAGUCGAUAAAGCACCUUGCAUGGUACUUUGCACCUACCAAAUGCUUAAUAAAUCUUAGCUUACUUACUAUUUUGAUGAUACAGAUGACUUUAAGUCAAAAUCUUAAACCCUGUUCUCUUUUCUAAACUGUAGCCUUAUAUCUCUACCUGCCUGCUCUAGUCAUGUUCUCUUACACUGUUCUACAUUACCUUCAACAUAAGUCUAAAAUCAAACUCAUCAUCCCACAUGAAGAUGAUCUUUUUUGUUGUACAUAUGUGAUUUAAGUGUAGAUACAGAGUAAAUAACCAAAAUUUGUUUAAGUUAUCAAAUAAAAACACUUUAAUAAAUAACGCUGUUAAAGUUGCAAAUUGUGUUACCAGAAUUCUGAGCAGUAUAGUUGCUGCUCCAUGCCACACUAACUUUGUUUUUAACUUGCAAAACUAUUCCAUUUGCUAUGGAGGACCUUAACUAAGUAAGUGUCCAAAAGGAGAAUCAAAUCUUGAUGCCCAGCAGGAAUUCAGAAACACAGUAAAUGCCUUUCUUAUAUCUGUUCUGAUCUCCCUGCUCAUAGGCUCUUACAUGGAAUCCCAAGAUGGCACUGUUGGUUUAUCAAAAUACUUUUCAGGCCCAAUGUCCUCUUUGAAACACUGGCUAUUAUAUGUUGACACUUGGGCACAAAAUUGGCACUCCAUGUAGCGCUUAAGUAAGAAAAUAAAAAGUGCAAGAUGUAAAAUACAUAGUCUCUGCUAUCAAAGAGUUUAUAAGUCAAGUAGGGAUGGUAAUACUGCUAUCAGUUUAAAAAAAUUUACAGACUCUGUUUAUAUUGACAUGUCAUAAUAAAGGGAACAAAGUAAAUCUUGUAGGUAUUUGGUAAGUGGAGAAAAGGACUUUUGUAGGCAAGGUGUUUGAGCUAGACCUUGUAUGUGUGCUACUAGAAGCUUUCUGGAUGAACAUGUGUAAACACGGCCCUUUUGAUUCUGUAAUAGCUCUGCUCCCUCAGAAGCCAAGUGCCUCUUACUUUUCCUUUAAAAGAGAUUAGACCCUAGCAGUCCAUUAUGCAAGCCAGUGAAAGCUGUUUUAUGUAAAGAUGCAUUUUCAAUGCACUUUCCUCACUAUAUCACAUAAUUAGUUGUUAUAUCUGUCUCUGCAGUUAAGCGUGUAAAGUCCUUGAGGAGAUGAACUUUAUCUGCUUGGGCUCUUUAUCCCCUUAUACUUUGCAUACAGGAGGUACCCCAUAAAUGUCUGUUGAAUAAAUAAAAAUUAUAAGCACCUAAUGGGUAA